AUCUAACAGUGAUUGGGACAGAACAAGAACAAUGCCAUCAGGGAGGUAUGAACAUCAGAAGAACACUUGUGGAACAAUUUUAGAAGACGACACGGAACUCCGCAAUCUAAAAUUUAAAAAGAAAGAAACGGGUUUCACUGACUUUACUGAAAUUGUAUAUAGCAGUGAUGAAAAUUUGGAAAUUAAGGAAGAAAAGAUCGAAUAUGAAGCGACUGCGGGUCAAAAGAUUAACAAAGAAUAUGAUUCUAAAUUGUGUAACGCAGGUGUAAAAGAAACUGAUGAUUUUAUUUUCCACAACAAAUUGCGGAGUCGAAAUAAGAAGAAAAUUCAGGAACCAGGACAGGAACGUGAAAAUAACUUCAAAUGCCAAAAGCGUCCCCGCAGAUAUAAAUCGAAAAAACUUUUGAAUCAGCAUCAAAAAUUGCAAGGCGGCGUCAGUCCGAACUUCAGAUGUGAAUUAUGCGGAAAAGGUUUUAUACGGAAUGGUAACCUGAAGGCCCAUGUAGAGCGUGUGCAUCACAAUACGAAGUCAUCGCAAGCGACGCAUAAAUGCAAGCUAUGUACCCGAAGUUUCUUUUUUCUUAGAAAUUUAAUUCAUCAUCAACGUUCACAUAAUCCAGAAGUCAAAAGACAAUUUAUUUGCGACUAUUGUGGCUAUAUAGCAAAAUGGAAAAGUCACUUGGCAUCACACAUUACUUAUACUCACUUACAGACAUCGAACAGAAUGCAUAAUUGUAACCAAUGUUCACGAAGUUAUACUACGCUAAACAAUUUAAAACGGCAUGAACGUUUAGAACACGCGUCGAUCGUACCAUAUUUCAUUUGCGACCACUGCGGAUUCGAAACGAAGCGGAAAGCUAACUUGGCAACACACAUUAUUGCACGUCAUAUACAGACACCAAAAACAAAGCUUCAUUGCAACAAAUGUUCACGAAGUUACAAUUUUCUAAACAGUUUACUUCGACAUAAACGUGUGCAACACGCAGCAGUCAAACCGCAAUUUAUUUGCGAUAUUUGCGGACAUAAGGCUAAUGUUAAAUAUAACUUGUCAGCACAUGUCACUGCACGCCAUCUAAAAUUAUAAUAAUUAUAAAAUAAUUUUAUAAUAAAUGAUAAAAAUCAUCGUGAAAGCAUAAAAUCUAUUAUCAAGUUUCUAAUAUUGUUUGCAAAAACUCAUUGUCUAACUUAUAAAUUUAGGCAAGAAAAUCUAAUGAAUACGACAACUUCUAGACAAACGGUUUCAAAUUAUUUGAAAGACAAAUUCAAAUCGAUUACGUUUCGGCAACUCGGCUGGUUUCCCUCAUCAGAUCUUAAAAGAGUUAAAAAGUUGCGUACAAUUUCCCUAAUGUGUGAGUUGCACGUCUUUGAAAAAAAAAGAAAAAAACUUGUUAUGCAGCGUUCUCGAAAGAUUUGAAUUUAGUAUUUAUGUAGCGAAACUAUUCUUUAAACUGUGACAAGGCAAUAUAUUUUAAAUAGAGGUAAAGUUAUGUUAAUUUCAGCGUAAGAAAAUGAAAAAUCUUAGAAGCAUAAAACGUCAGAUGUACAUGGGGCCGUCGCUCGAAGAACGACCUAAAGCGACUUAGGUUGUUUUUCGGGAGAACAUGUUAAUAGGUAGACAAGGUCUCAACAUAUCUAUAUACUAAAUUUUAUAACAUUCAAUUAAUUUUUGAGCAAAUUGUGAGUAUUCGAAACCACGCGUCUACCAUAUUAUCGCCCGCGUAGUCUCCCGUUCGACUCAGCUGACUUGGCUCAUGUGCUUCAGUCGAGAAAUUCAAGCAGUGUAGCUGUCUCAUUUACUUUUUUUAAGCGACAUAUAUUUUAAAUAUAAAAUAAUGGAUUCAUGUAUGAAUGUUAAUUUUACAACAACCUUAACAUCUUGCAGCAACCAUGGUUUAAAAAUAAAAUCAAGACGAGAGAGGUGGGAAGAGAAUAAAAGGGAAAGUAAGCAUGCUAAAAAUCAAACGAUUCUGAUUUUAAAAUUCAAAAGUGCGUUAAGUUAAUGCUCAAGACUACUAAAGUCUUCUUUGCGUAUAAGAAAUACAGUGGUAGUGAUGAAUGUUUUACCUAUUCUAAAAAUAAUGCGGAUGUUUGCAACAAGGAGAACUUGACUAUUAAAAAAUUGCCUCAAGUUGGUAUCAAUGAAGCUAAAUAGAAAGAUGUUUUAUUUUUAUGACGUUUUCUUAAACCAACUAAUAGACAAUUUUACCACGACACAUUUGCAGCUUGUAAAAAUGCAGU